GAACAGACAGAGUGACUACCAGAGCGACGAAUCUCUUUGACUCUUUCAACCCACCUCUCCAAGUAUAUUGUUGGAUUAGAAACCCCGAAGACAACACAGCGGAUCCAUCAACUUCUGCCAUAGCCCAUUAGAUAGAGCACAGGUCUGGAAAUUAAAUAUCCCAUAUUUCAUCCCCCAGCAUUCAGAAUAAUCUAUACCUCCAUCUGUCCCUGCUCCCAUGGAUUCUUCGACACUAGUUCCCAAAAACAGAGCCCCCGCAAAAAUCCCAACUCAAGUUAAUGAUUCAAACAGAGAACAACCAAAUUGCUUGGUUCAAUUCAUUGUGUUCUCCCCCAACGCAAAUUUCCCUUUUUCCCUCCCAAUAAUGUCCAUACGCGCAAUCUAAUGGCGACGCCUCCUUUACGAGAAGGCAACACCUCCAUUUUAACUCGACUGAACAACUACGUGGCCGGAAGCAGAGUCGGGAAGCAAUUCAAGCUCGAUGAGCGGAACACUUGCUUCACCACCGAGCUCCGAGCCGGCACCGCUACAUUCCUCACCAUGGCAUACAUCCUAGCCGUCAACGCGAGCAUCCUCGCCGACUCCGGCGGCACUUGCAGCGUCUCCGAUUGCAUCCCUCCCGGCGGCGACCACGACGUCUCCUGCAAAUUCCCUCCCCUGGUUAACCCAGGCUACCUGGCCUGCCUGGAACAGACCCGGAAAGACCUGGUCGUGGCCACAAUCGUCUCCUCCUUGACCGGCUGCUUCAUCAUGGGAAUGUUCGCCAACCUUCCUCUCGCUUUAGCCCCCGGAAUGGGCACCAACGCCUACUUCGCCUACACCGUCGUCGGGUACCACGGCUCCGGCCACUUGUCGUAUCAGCACGCCCUCACCGCAAUCUUCGUCGAGGGUUUAAUCUUCCUCUUCAUUUCCGCAAUCGGGCUGCGGGCGAGGCUGGCCAAAUUCGUCCCCAAACCGGUUCGGGUCAGUUGCUCUGCCGGAAUCGGGUUGUUCCUCGCCUUCGUCGGGUUACAGAGCCAUCAAGGAAUCGGGCUGGUUGGGUACAGCGGAUCUACAUUAGUCACGAUUGGGGCGUGCCCAAGAACCUCGCAGGUAGCGCUAGCUCCAGUCAAGAUAAUUAACGGCACCGUCAGUUUAAUUCCCGGCGGGGCGGUCUCCGAGGAGAUGUUCUGCCAGAGUGGGUGGAUGGAGAGCCCUACCUUCUGGUUGGGAGUCGCCGGGUUCAUCAUAAUCGCGUACUGCUCGGCGAAGAACAUCAAAGGGGCUCUGAUCUAUGGCGUCGUUUUCGUGACGGUUCUGUCGUGGUUCCGUCACACCCCGAUCACGGCGUUUCCCGACACGGAGAUCGGGAAUCAGAAGUACAAUUACUUCAAGGCGGUGAUCGAUCUUCACGCGAUCGAGAAGACCGCAGGCGUGUUGAGCUUUAGCGGGAUGGGGAGCGUCCAUUUUUGGGAAGUUUUGGUCACGUUUCUGUGCGUGGACAUAUUGGACACGACGGGGACGCUCUACUCGAUGGCGGAAUUCGCGGGGAUAACGGACGAUAACGGCGAUUUCGAGGGUCAGUACUUCGCCUUUAUGUCCGACGCGUCGUCAAUCGUGGUGGGGUCCCUGUUGGGGACGUCGUCGGUGACGACGUUUGUCGAGUCCUCGACGGGGAUACGGGAAGGCGGGCGGACGGGACUGACGGCGCUGACGGUGGCGGGUUACUUCUUUUCGGCGUUCUUCUUCACGCCGUUGCUGGCUUCGAUACCGCCAUGGGCGGUGGGCCCGCCGUUGAUCUUGGUGGGGGUUCUGAUGAUGAAGCCGAUGGUGGAGAUCGAGUGGGAGGAUAUGCGGCAGGCGAUUCCGGCGUUCGUGACGAUGAUACUGAUGCCGGUGACGUAUUCCAUAGCUUAUGGGAUGAUAGGAGGGAUCGUGACGUUUGUGGUUUUGCAUGUGUGGGACUGGGGAGUGGCGUUUUGGGUGAAAUUGGCGGCGGUGAUUAACAGGGCCGGAUGCGAGAAGGAGGGGAAGGCGAGCACUGCCGGUGAUGGAGAUGGUGGUAAGAGAGUUCAAGUUUAAGGCCUGGAGGUAAAAAUUGCUCGGGUGUCCAUAUUUUUUGAAGGCGUGUAUAGUUUUGGUUUGGGCCGGCAGGAGCCCAAUUCCCCAUUUAGUUUUUUUCCAAAUCGAUCCACGGUCCUAAGAUCGAGAGCUGAAAGUUGAUCUCACACGUAAGUGGGAAAAUUUGACGUAAGGCAUAGGAAUUUUAAAUAUAUUGGGCAAAAUACA